CUCUCAGAUGAAGAUACGCUGAAGACUGCUGCGUGCAAGAAGGUGGUGACUUUUGAUCUGAGCUCCUCUGAGGAGACCAGCAGCAUGUCCAGUGCAAUUCUGGGCCAGAAUAAAUUUGAUUUGAGGACGGAGUUAUGGCCCAUCCUCCAGCAGGACAAGAUCCAGCAGCUGAGRGACUCGGUGCAGAGCAUCUCCAGUGAGCUGAACGGGGUGCUGGGGGUGCUGGACUCCCUGAGCCACCACCAGUCCCCUCUGUUCACCUCCACACGCCGUGAGGGUGCCCCUCUUUCCUUGGGGAGCCUUUUGGGGAGCAGCUCUGUGGGGAACACCCCCAGGGCACCUCCCCUGGAGCCGUGGGCCCGGAGCAGCGGGCUCAGCUCUGCUUACUCCAUCUCAGCACAGUCAGUGGACAGCAUCCUGGCAGACAAAUGGCACAGGUAUUUCCCAGGUGGGUUCUCGUCCCUCGGUGGCAGCUCUGUGCCUCUGGACAGCAGGCUGAGAUACGUCCCUGCAGAAGAGCAAAUCCGGCUGUUCCAGCAUUCCAAGUUCCGUGAGCCAGAGAAGAGGAGCAUCGAAGGGAUGAUUGAGAGCAACAAGAAAUGGCUGAAAGACUUCGAUAAGGAUUUCAAAGUACCUUUGUCCCUGCAGCCACAGAAACCCCCAGGCAGCAGCCCCAGCCUCCUGCAGCUGGGAGUGGAUGAAAACAGAGAGAUCAAGGUGUACCACUACUGAAAGCUGCGGAGCCGCUCGCCCGUUCUGGCUGACGAGGACGCCGCACUUGAAGGGAGCCCAUCUGUGAGGAACCAUCUUCAAMGCCUUUCUCCUGAGCCAGCUGCUGGAGGGAGGCUGUGAAGCUGCUGCCCCACACCCCCUGUGCUGAGUGAGCCCCUCCUGGCUGAGGAUGGGCAUGGGGGGAGGCAGAGCCCCCUGCCCGGGUGCCCACACGCUGUGAGCCUGGCACGGGGAUGUUUACAUGCAAAUAGAAAUAUAUUUUUGAUGAACAUCAUUUAAAGACUCUUUAAGAAUGUAUGUAUUUUAUUUUUUUUUCUGUUUUUUUCUUAGAAUUUUUUGUAAUUACCCAACCAGCCUUAUUCCUUCCUAGGAAAGGAGGGAUCAGAACACGGGUAUCCAUUCUGCUGUUGUGUUGCACAAACCCCUUCCUGCAGGGAUUUUGCUUUUAGUUUGCUGRAUAUUAGGAGGAAUCAUGGCAGUCUGUCCAGCCAGGGGUUUACAAGGGACCCCACAGCUGUGGUUUGCUGUGGCCAAAGCCAUAUCACCGAGUCCAUUCUGCAUUUUGGAUUAGUGGUGCAGGGAAAUGCCAUUUUCUUUAACAAUAACUCUGUUUGAAACAUGCUCUUUUUUUUUUCCCUGUUAAAACCUCGGAUGGCAGCUGUAUCUGGUUUUGUACAAAAUUAAAUCAACACGAGCCUGUUUUGUA